AUGCGAUUGCCGGAUAUUUCAUUGCUAGGCUUCGUCAUCGGACUGGUGGUGAACCAGGCGGCCGGCGCUAUUACCGAUCGCUUCAACCUUCCCAGCGGUUCGGGGAGCUGCGCGUCAUAUUCCACCUUGCUCGACGACUAUCUGGUUGAUACCACCACGCUCAUCAAUGGCAUGGUUACCGCCAUGGAUCUCGCCGUCCAGGUAGAGGACAGCGAGGAAAAGAUGGUGGCGCAGAAGUUCUUCAACGCCUACCUUGCCGUACUUUUCCACAAUCAGGAGAACGUUGUCGAUGUGUAUGGUAAUGCUGGAUUCUCAUGGGACACAAUCAAGAGUACUAUUACGCUUCUGAAGGCAUUCGUUGAUACCGGCGAUUAUCCAACUUUCACAAGGCCCCCACACUUGUUCUGUGCUAGCUACGGACAAUGGUUUUCCUGGGAUUCGGCCGUAUUUGACGCCUCCGGCAAAGAGUACAAAGACGCCAACGGGCAGUCUCAAUCCAUAAAAGACAUGUACGCAGAUUCGUAUGAGGCUGACAAAACCCGAAAGCCCUACUGGAUUCCGGCCCUGAAGAACUAUGCAUUCCUCCAAGAUGUAUACGAUGAGGAUAUUUGUGCGACCACAAAGAUGAUCGCAGUUCCUGGUGGAUAUGAGAAGUCCGAACCACUAAACGGAAUGGCAGCGCCGGGCCAUGACAAAAAGACCGUUGUCCAGAAAACUGACGAUGCCGAUACUGCUGCCUCGGCUACCAAGGACGCGAAGGAAGUAUCCGAAUUGAUUCUAUACGAGGCGCUUGCCGACUCUAUCUUGCUAUGUCCCAGGGUCUUAACCACCGCAGAUGAGGAUACCUAUUCCUUGUUAAAAGACGUCCCAUAUGUUAAGCCUGACAGUACGACUAAGCAGCUUUCUCAGCUCUUGCCCCAGAGUGCAAAUCUGUUCCAUGAAUUGAUUCAUGUAGUCACCUUCUGGAGGGAGGAAACAGAGACCACUAGUUCUAAAAGGCUAUUAGGUCGUGCGAGUGACUUUCAAUAUGAUCUAUGGGAAUGCCUUAAGCUCGCAUCCACUCCGACCACUUAUGGGACGGCUCCGAUAAAUGUUGAGAGCUAUACCUACUUUGCCAUGGCAUGGUGGUACUACAGGAACGAUUGGAGCGGGCAAGAACCCGUUGCUUUUUACUAUGGACUUCCCGAAGAGGUAAUCUGGCCUGAGUCCGAGCCCGAGUCAGACGACGAUGGAGGCGGCGGUGACGAUGGAUACGGCGGUGACGACGGAUACGGUGACGACUACGUGGGCUCGGAUGGGGAUGAUGCGUAG